GCAGUUGCUCCGGCGGCGCUCGGGGAGGGAGCCAGCAGCCUGGGGCCCAGGCCCGGGCCACCAUGGCGCUGCCUCCAGGCCCAGCCACCGUCCUGCACACACUGCUACUCCUGCCAGCCCUUCUGAGCUCAGGUUGGGGGGAGUUGGCGCCACAAAUAGAUGGUCAGACCUGGGCUGAGCGGGCACUUCGGGAGAAUGAACGCCACGCCUUCACCUGCCGAGUGGCAGGGGGGCUUGGCACCCCCAGAUUGGCCUGGUAUCUGGAUGGACAGCUGCAAGAGGCCAGCACCUCAAGACUGCUGAGUGUGGGUGGAGAGGCCUUCUCUGGAGGCACCAGCACCUUCACUGUCACUGCCCAGCGGGCCCAGCAUGAGCUCAACUGCUCCCUGCAGGACCCCAGCAGUGGCCGGUCAGCCAACGCCUCUGUCAUCCUCAAUGUGCAAUUCAAGCCAGAGAUUGCCCAAGUCGGCGCCAAGUACCAGGAAGCUCAGGGCCCAGGCCUCCUGGUUGUCCUGUUUGCCCUGGUGCGUGCCAACCCGCCUGCCAAUGUCACCUGGAUCGACCAGGAUGGGCCGGUGACUGUCAACACCUCUGACUUCCUGGUGCUGGAUGCACAGAACUACCCCUGGCUCACCAACCACACCGUGCAGCUGCAGCUUCGCAGCCUGGCGCACAACCUCUCGGUGGUGGCCACCAAUGACGUGGGUGUCACCAGUGCCUCGCUUCCAGCCCCAGGGCUCCUGGCUACCCGGGUAGAAGUGCCACUAGUGGGCAUUGUUGUGGCUGCUGGGCUUGCCCUGGGCACCCUCGUGGGGUUCAGCACUUUGGUGGCCUGCCUGGUCUGCAGGAAAGAGAAAAAGACCAAAGGCCCCUCCCGGCGCCCAUCUCUGAUAUCAAGUGACUCCAACAACCUGAAACUGAACAAUGUGCGCCUGCCACGGGAGAACAUGUCCCUCCCGUCCAACCUUCAGCUCAAUGACCUCACUCCAGAUUCCAGAGCAGUGAAGCCAGCAGACCGGCAGAUGGCUCAGAACAACAGCCGGCCAGAGCUUCUGGACCCGGAGCCUGGUGGCCUCCUUACCAGCCGAGGUUUCAUCCGCCUCCCAAUGCUGGGCUAUAUCUAUCGAGUGUCCAGUGUGAGCAGUGAUGAGAUCUGGCUCUGAGACAAGGGUGUUCUCUUGGCCUCCCGACACCCUCCCUUUCCUCCAAGGCAUCCUCUGCCUAGCUAUUUCGCCAACAGGAACAGGUCAUGCCACUGCCACUUUUGCAUGCCCUCCUAGCUGGGGUGCCCUCUGUCAUGCACAUGAUGCACUUCACUGGGCUCUAACCCACAGAGGGACAGGUAUCUUUGGCAAGGCUGCUAGUUGGACCUAAGCCCCUCAUGCUGACUCAGGGUGGGGCCUGCAUGUGAUGACUGGGCCCUUCCACAGGGAGCUCUUUGGCCAGGGGUAUUCAGAUGUCAUCCAGCAUCCCCGUGUGGCAUGGCCUGCUGUAUGCCCCACAAGGGCCCUGCAUGGAUUUUUCUCCUUCCUAUGCUAUGUACCCUCAGGUAAAAUUUAGGACCCUGCUAGCUGUGUAGAACCAAACUGUCCUUUGCACAGAAACCAACCCCUGGUCCAGGGGCACUGGCCAAGCACAAACGAGUCCUUUUUGCUGCAUACCUCUCUGCCCUUCUCUGUCCCUUCUGUCCCCACCCCCUCUUGGGAAUUCUAGGUUAUAUGUUGGACCUUCUGUACUUCUUCACUGGGCACUAGACUUUUCUAUUGGCCUGUGCCUCGCCCAGUAUUAGCACAAGUCAGGGAGGAAGAGGGAGGUGAUGAGUCCAGUAGCACCCAGGACGGCUUGUAGCUGUGCCUCAUUUUCAUACGGUGUUAGCACUUUAAGCACAUACCCUAGGGGAGGGUAUGAGUGAGGGGCACAGAGCCCUCUUUCUUUGUGGCUUCCCCAAGUUUGGCCUUCUGUGAUUCACUGUGAGUGUCCUGAGCUCUCGGGAUUGAUGGUUUCCCUCUCAGCUUGUCUCCUCCACCGUGGGACCCCAGCCCUGACCAAGCCCUGGUUGCCCCAUCAGCAGGAAGCUGCCCUUCCUGGAGGAUGGUCACCACAGGCACAUGAUUCAACAGUGCUGGAAGCUUUAGGGGGACAUGGAGAAAGGAGGAGACUACAUACCCCAAAAUGACCUAAGAACACUUUAAAACACAACAUGUAAAUGAUUGGAAAUGAAUAUAGUACAGAAUAUAUUUUUCCCUUGUUGAGAUAUUCUUUUGUAAUGUUUUUCAUGUUACCGCUUAGGACAGUGCUGAGCACACAGCAAGUUUAAUAAACUUGACUGAAUGAA